AAUGCUCCACCCACUAUGUUAGCCCCCAAGAGUUGCCAAAUUCUGCCCACUUACGCCCACUUACUCCCCCUCCCCCGAUUUUAUUUGUAUUAUAAGGGUUUUCCUCCUCCCUAUCUCACGCCCCGCUCAGGGCAUCCAAAUGCUGUAGCAGAAAAGGGCCCUGCCAGGACUCCUUUCCUAGGCCUGAAGGCCGAGUACUUUGCGAAACCCGGGAGCACCGCGGACAGAGGGCCCCACUACCGCCAGCACCCCCUCGGCUCACCGUGCGGAUCUGCCUCCGCAAAAGAUUCCAUAGAGUGGGAGGGGCGCGAUUUCUUGAAGGCGCUGAUCAAGAAAUCUGCACUGUGUGGAAAACAAAUUCACGUCCUGGGCUGUGAAGUCAGCGAGGAAGAGUUUCGAGAAGGUCUUGACUCCGGUAUUAACAGCCGAGUGGUUUACCAUGACCUCUUCAGAGAUCCUCUCAAUUGGUCAAAAACUGGGGAGGCUUUUCCUGGCGGACCUCUGGGAGCCUUGAGGACCAUGUGCAGGCUGACAGAUCCCAGACCUGUCACCGUUGCUCUUGACUCACUCAGCUGGCUGCUGCUUCAUUUUCCCUGUAGCACAGUGUGCCAGACCCUCCGUGCUCUGUGCCAUCAAGAUUCCUGUGGUGGUGACCGUUCUCCAGGAGAACGGGUCAAUGUGCUGGGUCUGCUGCAUGAAGAGCUUCAUGCCCCGGGCCCCCUUGGAGCACUGGGCAGCCUUGCCCAGAUCGAGGUGAGCCUGCGUGGUACCAUGGGCCAGGCCUCAGCCCACAUCCUCUACCGGAAGCCCGGACAUCGCCCAACUUAUCAGACUCAAUGGUUUUCCAUCCUUCCUGACUUCAGCCUGGAUCUCCAAGAAGGGCCUCCCCUACAGUCCCAGCCCCACCCAGAUUCUCACACAGUCCUGGUGGACCCCACCAGUCACGUGACCUUUAAUCUUCACUUGUCCAAGAAGGAGAGAGAAACUAGAGAUAGCCUGGCUCUGCCCUUCCAGUUCAGCUCGGAAAAACAACAAGCCCUGCUGCGCUCUGGGCCGAGCCAGGCCUCCGGCCACAUCUUGUAUGAGCCAGAUGCGUACGAUGACCUGGACCUAGAAGAUCCAGAUGACGACCUGGAUAUUUGACAGUCAAAUUUCACUGGACUGCAGUGAAGGGGAAAGGGGAAGCCUGGGCCCAGAACUGUCCUCCCUUACCCUGUCCCACCCCCUCUCUGUGAGUCAGGGAGCCGAUGGGGCAGGAAAGGAAGCGGAAUGGGGGCAUAGGAUAAGCCAAGAGAACAGGGUCCCUCCUUACUUAAUAAAGUAUUUUUUUAAAUUA